AUGUACCACCCGAUCAUGCCGACGACACCCCACUCGUUAAGUGGUGCCGGGUAUUAUCCCUCACAAGACUCACAAGCAAUUGGCACCAACCCAGCGGUGAAGCAGCUCGAAAUGGAGAACAAUGUUCUUAAACAAAGAAUAAGCUCUUUAGAGCGAGAACUAGAAGACCUAAAAUUUGAUGUCCUGGCGCCCGUCGACACGUCUGCCCUAGACCACGCUCGAAAGCAGUGGCACCAUUACCAACAAGCGUACGAGCACUUGUUGGCUGCGGUGGCGGUGGUUACCCCUCAAAAAGUGCAGCGAAGCAGAAUUACGGAGGUCGGAUCGGUCAGCCCAGAGCAAUUAGCACACAAAGUGAAGGUGAAGUUAGAUAUGUUAACGGCUGACAACCAUGAAUUGUUACAAAUUUGUGCCGCGCUGACUAAAAGUAGCCUAAUGGCAGAGGUGGCACUUUUGCGUCGCCAGCUAGCGACGACGUCCCAGUCGAUGGUGUUGUCGCCGGACGGUAGCCAAUUGCAACUGUCGGCUUCGGCAGACGGGGCACAGAAAGCAUUUUAG